AUGGCUAACGGAAUGGAGACGUUUGCCGCCCGUCUGGCUACAUUCGAUCUCGUUUUGCACCCCGACCGACGGUCUUCAAGCGCGAAAUUCGUGAAACCGAUCUCUUGGCCACAUAGCAAGCCUUCUCCGGCUGAGCUGGCGCACGCGGGCUUCUUCUACAACCCCUACGAGACGAACCCUGACAACACAACAUGUUUUCUCUGCGGAAGAGCACUCGACGGAUGGGAGGAAGAUGACAACCCGAUCACGGAGCACUUGAAACACGCAAAGGAUUGUGGCUGGGCCGUUAUGAUGGAUAUUCAGCAGCGUAGCUCGAAUCCAGCCGAGAUAGAAGACCCUACAAGUGAGCCGAUAGUCCAGGCAAGACUAGCAACCUUCGGCGACUCAUGGCCACAUGAUGGCAAGAAAGGCUGGAUAUGCCAAUCAGACAAGAUGGUUGAAGGCGGAUGGUACUUUUGUCCCAACGAAGAAAGCGCCGACCUCGCGAGCUGCGCCUACUGCAAAUUGUCCCUAGACGGCUGGGAGCCCAAAGACAAUCCUUACGACGAACACUACCGCCGUUCUUCCGACUGCUCGUUCUUCGUGUUUGCAAAGCCUGCCAAAGGAAAGGGCUCGCGGUCAAAGAGAGCUCGUACUUCUAAAUCCUCCCGCCAAUCAACACAGUCUACGACAUCCGAAGUUCUGGCUUCAGACACGGAGGAUAUGGACCAGAGCGCACUCACCCAGCCAGCCAGAACCAAGUCAACGAAGAAAUCGUCCAAAUCAAAAUCGAAAAACUCAAAAACUAAGAAAGCCGAGCCUCAAGAGUUCCCAAGCCAUAUGGAUGUGGAUGAGACAGAAUACGCGGAGCCUGAAACGUCAAAACCGAAGCGUAGCACGCGGGGCAAGAAACGACCCAGUGCUGACGUGGACAGGGACGCAAUGAGCAUAACCGCCGAGGACGUCCUGGAGCAGCCAGAGCCACCUACAAAAAGGAGGACUACGAAACGAAGUAUUAGUCGAUCGCGAGCGCAGAGUAUAGUGUCUACCGAUGGCGCACCCAGUAAACAAGAAUAUGAGAGCGAGACUAAUGAUGAAACGGAUGAUCUGAAAGCAAGUCGCGGAAGAAGCAGAAAGACUGCUUCAAAAGGUCGCGGGGGCUCAAGAGCAUCCUCAACUACGAAGAAAGCGUCCAAAACCCGAGUCCCGCGAGAUUCAGAGCUCGAGGCAGCGAUCGAAGCUGGACUCGAAGGAGAUGAAACUCCAGACCUGGGAAUUGAGGAAGCGAAGGUUGAAGAAAUCGCAACCAAGCCUGCGUCGAAGAAGUCCAAAUCCAAGAAGAAAACCGCCAAAAAGAACCCGGAGCCAGUGGAUGAUGUUGUUGAAGAUGUUGCCGAAGCAGAAACUCACACAAAUCCCGAACCCGAAACCGAUCAAAAAAUGACCGAUGCCGAGAUAGCCGAACCGCAAAAGCCCAAACCCAGCGAGGGCCAAAAGAGCACACGCCGCAGCUCGAGGAACACAACGGACCAGCCGGAGGCCAAGGAAAACACCGCUUCACCUGAGAAGCCCGAGGUUGAAGAGGGAGAGGAAGAUGACCGCCGGCGGCAUGAAUCGUUCGUUUCGGUGGAAAUUGUAUCCAAGCCCACAGCAGUCUACACUGAAGUAGAAUCAAAUAGCAAGGACAGCAAGAAAGCUAAAAAGAAGUCAUCAUCGGAGAAAUCCAAAAAGCCCAAGACGACCGACAAAAGCGACAAAACAGAUAAGGCAGAAAAGAUAGAGCAGAAGCGGGACAGCCGACAGUUGGAAACUAAGAAAACAUCAGAAGUUCGAUCGCCUUCAUUGCCUCAAUCACACUCGACCGAGCCAAACGAAGAGGGAAUAGUGCAAGAAGAGCCCCCACGCCGCAGGUUGUCCAGGGUGCCCCCUAAGACAACCGAGAGGUACAGUGAUAUUCCCCAGGAGAAACAGUAUGCGCGGUCUAUUGCAUCGGAUAGAUCACCAGAAGACACACGUUAUCCUCAUAGACAGAGCCAGGGAGAUGGGGCCGUGUCUCCGCUUCCGUCUCCUUCUAGGGGAAGUCCUUCUCUGUCACCGCAGUCCUCCGAUGCAGAGAAUCACCCACCGUCCUCGAAGCCUCCAGCGCACCGACCGCUGUCGUCUCCCUCCAAAAAUGCCUCUGUUCGAUUUCCUCUGACGACGAGUACUCCUUCCCCAAAGCGAAAUCAUACUUCUACGGGCAAACUUCGAACCAAUCAUCCCUGGGUUCCCAUUGAUAUUGAUGAAAUCCUGAUGGCUGGUGCUAGCGACAAGGAGAAUGUCGAUCUCCAAGGUGCAUUGGACAACCUGAAGGGGGAUCUGACAAGCCCAGAAAAGAAGAUGACGGUGGAAGAAUGGAUCCUAUGGAAUGCAAAGAAUGGAGAAGAAAGGCUCAAACGAGAAUGCGAAAGACUAGUCGGGCAGUUCGAGAGAGAAGGGGCGCGGGCGAUGCGCGCACUGGAGGGUAUUGAGUGCAUUGAUUGA